AUGACCGCGCUGCCACCGUUCGUGGCAUGGACGCUCCUCAUCCUCCUCUGCUUCCUCACGCCGCCCGCACUAGCAGCCAAAAAGAUCCUCAUCUACACCUACACGCAAGGUUUUCGUCACUAUUCGAUCCCCACAGCCGUCUCUGUCAUCGAGCACCUCUCUUCCACGGCCAUCCCACCGAUCGAGACGGUCCACUCCGAAGAUCCUUCUGACUUCGAAUCCCCUGACUUCCUCACACAAUUCGAUGCACUUCUCUUCAUCUCUGUCUCUGGCAAGGCUCUCUCCCCCACCGGCGCCAAUGCUCUGCGGGAGUACAUCGAAGCGGGCGGCGGUUUCCUGGGUGUGCACGAGGCGUGCGAUGCACUCUACCACUACAGCUGGUACGGUCGUCUCGUAGGCGCGUUUUUCAACUACCACCCCCAAAUCACGCAUGCCACGCUCAACGUCAACACUUCCCACCCGGCCACCGCACAUUUGAAUGCGACAUGGAGGGUGUAUGAUGAGAUGUACAAUUUCAAUUCGAACCCCUCCUUGCUGGGGAAGCAGUAUGUGAUUACGGCGGAUGAAGGUUCGUACAAGGACCCAGUGGAGACGGUGGAGCAACGAGCACGCGUGCAGGGGGAGAUUCAUCCGAUAGCAUGGUGGAAAGAGGGCAACCAGCUGGACUACAAUCGACACGUAAAGGUCGGCGGUGGAACAGAUCCAACCAAAAAGGAGAUUCGAGAGGGGACAGCAGGGACAGGAGGCGAGGGAAGAAGCUUCUACACCGCCCUCGGACAUACAAACGCUAUGUGGAAGGAUGAGGCGUUUCAACAGCACAUCAUGGGUGCGGUAGGAUGGUUGUUGGAGAGUCCCACGUUGAGGAGCAGCUCGGCGAACGCAUCGGAAGGCGCGGUGGGGAGCGCGUUCGAUCCAACCGCGGCGAGUAGGACGAUGAGGAAAGGGGCGACGGGGGCGAUUUCGGGCCCAGGCGUGUCGAGCGUCACGGUCAAGGGUAGUCCGCUGCCGUGGUCCAAAUCGCAGAUCUCGACCAGCGGCACACGGCGCGCUCGAGGGACAAGACGGUCGAACGUGGCGGCAGCGUUGGCAGUGUCGAUGCUGCUAGCCAUCUGCGUCUGA